AUGACAUCUGAAGAAGCACCCGAGUAUACGAGCGAGCUCAACAUCCUGAGCCCAGUGUCUCCCAAGCCUGUCCAUUUCCCAGUGCCCUCUAACAUCCCCGUUCUUGAGAACCAAAUCGACCCCGUCUUUAACCAGACUGGAACACACAUGGUCGAGCCUCCCUCCCAACAACUUCCGCCUCCAAUGUACCUCGACCACCAAGCUGGCACACACAAUCAGGACCUCCAUCAACAGCAACAGCAUGCCCAGCACUCCCAGUCUUAUUCUAACCAUCCUGAAGCCUACAUGACUCAACAGACAGGUCAAGUCGGACUGGGUCAGACCCAAGCUCCAUCCCAAGCGCAGAAUCAGGGCCAUCAAGCUUAUCAUCAGGCGCAAGAGCAAGCAUCAUCGAUUGGAACGGAUAGUCAGACCAAUCAAGUUCCUCCUGUCGUUCAUUAUGACGAGAAGUACUCUUAUCAGCCUGCUGCCUCUGGCGCUGUGGCCUCUUCUGACGCCCCUGCCACUGCAUCUGUGCCAUCUGACCUUCCUUAUCCUUCUACUGCUGCCCAUCAUCUCCCUGCCUUGUCAACCCAGUCCAACAACGAAGCCUCGUUCCACAGCAACUCCUUCCAAGCUCAAACCCACGCCAACUCGUCGGCCGCCAACGCUGGCGCCUCGGAGCUCCCUCCAGGUGUUGAAGCCAAUAGUCUGCAGAGCCUGCUCAACAACUUGUCACAUGCCAGCCAUAGCCAGGCUCAAUCCACUUCUCCCUCCUCCCAGGUCGCCCAGACUCCAUCUAACGCUGCAAACCCAGCGAACACUGCCCAACAAGACCACGCCUACCCGACCUACACGAACAACAUUCAAGCUCAACAAGCACAACAAUCGCAGCAACAGCCACAACAAACGAACGGAGGGCACACAAGCAACCCUGUAGGAGCCAACGGUCUACCACCCCCACCCGUAGCCUCAUUCCAGCAAAGCGUCAAGCUCGAAAGUCAGCGCGAGAGAAAGCAAGCAGCAGGAGAAGCACUAGACGAGGAUGAUCAACCAUGGACACCCGAAACACAGCUCCGCUAUGACAACUUUCUGACCGAGGAAAGAAAGUACGUGACCGAGGGCAACUGGGAACAAUUUCCAUACGGAUCGAGGCUGUUCGUGGGCAAUCUUUCUAGUGAAAGGGUGACGAAGCGCGACAUUUUCCACGUUUUCCACAAGUAUGGCGACUUGGCUCAGAUCUCGAUCAAGCAGGCGUAUGGCUUCGUGCAGUUUCUGGAAUCUAGCGGAUGCUCCAAAGCCAUCAAUGCCGAGCAAGGAAAGACAAUUCGCGGCAAGAAAAUCCACCUCGAGGUCAGCAAGCCUCAGAAGAAUCGCAAUCCCGAUCCACGCGCCCCUCGUCGUUCUCGAUCGCCCGAUACUGGCCGAGCUGGUAGCUCAUCAGUAGUCCCAGAUCGCUACGCAGGCGACAGAAGAACAGAAAGAGACCGAGAUAGAGACAGAAACAGAGACAGGAGAUCUCGCGACUACCGUCCUGGGAGAUCUCCUUCGCCGCGCUCCCCCAGAUCUCCUAGGUCGUACCGCGGUCGCGACCGAAGUAGGGACAGAUACGACGCUCGAUACAGGAGCAGAUCCAGGACGCCGCCUUAUGGCAGUCGUAACGCUCGUUUCCGCAGCCCUAGUCCAAGACUCUCGAGACGCAAUAGCGACGACGAUCUGCCUCUGCCGCGAAGAGCUCCACGCGACGUUCCAGACGUUCAGAUUAUUGUUCUGGACGACCUCGAUCGCAACUUUAUCGCCUGGCUGGAACACUCCUUCACCCUUCAGGGCAUCCGUGUUGAUGUUCUGCUUCUCUCUCCUCGCUUGUCUGAAGCUGCCGUCGUUCGUCGUCAGAUUCUUGAGGGCGUUCUCGCCGUCUCGCGCAUCACUCGUAUCAACCAACAAACGGCAAAGAUACCCCUACAAAUCUUUGAUCGUCGAGCUGGAAUUGAGAACGUUCGCUUCGAUGAGUACGACAACCUUGACCCUACCAUCGCUGCUCAGCUGGUUUUGCGCGCAAAAGCUGCUCCUGCCUAUGCACCACCACAGCCUGUACCUGCUCCAGUGCAGUAUGGUUAUGGCGCAGGCGUGACUGCUCCCGCUCCCAACCUGUCCAACCUGAUUACCUCACUUGAUCCCACUGGUUUGCAAAAGCUGCUUGGUGUCAUGCAGCCUCCUGGUAUCCCAACUGGACCGCACCCUGGCCUCCCUGCUACAGCUUUGACACCAGAUCUGGCCAAACUACUUGGCAAUGCCGCCGCAGUACGCCCACCACCACCUCCAUUGCCUUCACCGGGCAUUCAUACGCCUGGCGUACAGUCCCCACCUACCUACGCUCAAUUGCCUCACCCUCAUCAGGACCCACUUGCUGCGUUGAGGAACAAUCCCGCUCUGGCCAGUCUGCUCGCCCAACAGCAGCAGCAGCAACAGUCGCCUCAGAAUAUUCGCAUUCCUCAUCUUGGUGUUCAGACGCCUGAUCUUCGCUCUCCCAUCCAGCCCCAGCGACAACACGGUCUACCCAGUCCUGGACAACCUGAUAUGGCAGACAUUCUUGCUAAGCUAGGAUCCUACAGGCGAUAG